UACUCUUCCAUUUCUAUGCAAACCAACAUAAGAAGAAAUGAAUAUUUUUCAAUCAAAGUUAUCUGGUUUUCUCUUCAUUUUCCAAUUUUCUUUCCUUCUUCUGCUCUUCCAUACACUAUCUCGUGCUGAACCUCUUUAUAAUAAAUUCUACUACUUCAACUGUUCGUUAGACAAUAACACUGCUGAUACUACCUUCGAAACUAAUCUCAACACCCUUCUUCCUGUUCUAGCUUUUAAUUCUCAAUAUGUUGCCUUUUUUAACGCAGAGAGUGGUAUAAAUCCCAACACCAUUUACGGCCUCUUCCUCUGCAGAGGUGAUGUCACUGUUGAUACUUGCAAGACUUGUGUCAGCCAUGCAAGUCAAGAAAUCAAACAGUUGUGCCCCAACCAGAGAGAUGCGUUCAUAUGGUAUGAUCACUGUAUGUUGCGUUACUCGGGUCAUAACUUCCAAUCCGUAUAUGAUCCGUCAUACAAUUCGUUAGUGUUAACCCGGAGCUUGUAUAAUACAUCAGAUCCACGACAGUUUAAAGAGACACUGAUGAGUUUAAUGAAAAAUCUUUCUUUAGUAGCCGCGUUCAAUCCUUCUGUUCGGAUGCAUGCGAUUGGAGAAGCUAAUUUUAUGGUCAAUCAGAAGAUAUAUGCAAUGGUGCAGUGCACGCCUGAUUUAUCAAGAAGCGACUGCAACACAUGCCUUCAAGCAGCUAUUUCUGAGAUUCCAGUGUGCUGCACUGACAAGGAUGGGGCGGUAAUUAGCGGGGCAAGUUGUGCUUUGAGGUAUGAAGUGUUCCCCUUUUAUGUGGGUGCAGCAUCCGUUUCUCGUCCUCCUCCUCCAUCAACUACGGCUGCUACUUCUAGGAAUGGAGGGAAGAGAUCAAAGGUUAUAAUCUUCGUUACUGUAGCUUCAGUACUGGGGUUUGCUCUCUUCACUUCUUUUGUCUACUGCUAUCAACGACUAAGGAAGAAGAGGUCAUCAAAAGUGAAAAAGAAAAGUCACCAUGUAUUAUUAGAGUAUUUGGGGCUUCGGGUUGGUUCAGAACUCAUGGAUUCAAGCAUGGAUGGUGAGCAAACACAAGAAUUGGCACUGAUUGACUUAUCUACAAUUCAAGUUGCAACGGAUAACUUCUCUGAUAAAAAUAAGCUUGGAGAAGGUGGAUUUGGCCCUGUAUAUAAGGGAAUGCUAUUUGAUGGGAAGGAAAUAGCAGUAAAAAGGCUUUCAAGAGGUUCAGUGCAAGGUCAAGAGGAAUUCAAGAAUGAGGUUACAUUCAUUGCGAAACUCCAACAUAGGAACCUUGUGAGACUCUUGUAUUGUUGUAUCGACAGAGGAGAGAAACUGCUCAUCUAUGAAUACAUGCCAAACACCAGCCUCGAUAUCUUCCUCUUUGAUCCAAUCAAGCGUGCCCAAUUAGGUUGGGAAAGAUGCCGUAAUAUUGUCGAUGGAAUUGCAAAGGGUCUUGUUUAUCUCCAUGAAGACUCACGACUCCGAAUCAUUCAUAGGGAUUUGAAAGCUAGCAAUGUUUUGUUGGACCAUGAGAUGAACCCAAAGAUCUCCGACUUUGGAAUGGCACGAUUUUUGGAAGGAAAUCAAAGUCAGAUCAAUACCAAUAAAGUCGUCGGAACAUAUGGCUACAUGGCACCAGAGUAUGCAAUGGGAGGGCGAUUCUCUGUGAAAUCUGAUGUCUAUAGCUUUGGAGUUUUACUGCUAGAGAUUGUAAGCGGAAAAAGGAACAACGAUCUCCAUCUUCCCGACCAUGCUCAGAGCCUCCUAACUUAUGCAUGGGAAUUAUGGUGCGGUGGAAGAGCUUUGGAGUUAAUUGAUCAUUUGUUCAUGGAGUCAUGUCCAACCAAUGAAAUGCUCAGAUGGAUUCACAUUGGGUUGUUAUGUGUUCAAGAAGAUGCGAUAGAUAGGCCCACCAUAUCUUCAGUCGUUCUCAUGCUUAGAAGCGAAUCCAUGGCUCUACCACAACCUACACAGCCAGGAUUUUUUGUCUCAAGGAUGGUUGUUGAACCAGGUAAAUUUUCAGCCAGUACUACUAGAACCCCCUCUAUGAAUGAGAUAACUAUCUCCACUAUCGAACCUAGAUGA